AUGCUCGCCUCCCCCUCCGUCGCGCGGGGCCCCGCGGACGUCCUCGCGCACGCGGAGAUGGUCUCCCUGCGCGUCGCGAUCGCGCGGCAGAUCGCGACGUCGCGCCUGAGCGUCGCGCAGGGCGAGACCGGGAAGCUCGUCGCCGCCGCGGUCGCGGCGUCCGCGAGCGCGCUCCUCGCGCGGUCGCCGUCGGCGUCGCCGUCGGCGUCGCCGUCGGCGUCGCCGUCGGCGUCGCCGUCGGCGUCGCCGCCCUCCGCGAACAAGACCGCGAACAAGCGCAAGCGCGGCACGCCGCAGAGGACGCCCGCGUCGUCGCCGCUCGACGCCGCCGCGCCGUCGCCCCCCGCGGCGAAGACGACCCAAGACGCCGCGGCGCAGACGUCCUCGCCGGAGGAGGCGGCGAAGGAGACGAUCCGCGACGAGUGGCAGCGGCUCUACGCGCUCGCGAUGAAGCACGGAGGGAAGCUCGACAUCGGGAGGACGCGCCACGACGCGAUCGCCGUCCUCCAGGACGAGGCCCGCGUCGCGCGCGCGGCGGCGAAGAACGCGCGCGAGGCGCUCGAGACGUUCACGCGCGAACGCCGCGAACACCGCGAACGCGGCGUCGUUGACCGCGAACGCUUCGAACGCGCCUCCAGCAGCGACUCGCUCGUGUUCGACCUGUUUCCUUAUCCCUUCAAGUGGUCGCCACCCGAAGUCUCCGCGGACGCGACGCUCGCGGCGCUGGAGGAGGCUGCGACGCGCGCCGAGUCCGACGCGAACGCCGGCGACGCCGCGUUGCGGUGCCUCGUCGAGGCUAUCAAUCACGAGGCGAGAGCUGAGCUCGAGCUCACGUGGCGCGCGGAGUGCGCGCGACAGAAAGACAUCGCCGCGAGGGUCAUCCGCGAGAUCCAGUGCUUCGGCAUGCCGGUGACGGGCCUGAGCGCGAAACUCGUGGGGGCGGCGACGCCGCCCGCGCCGCCGGUCAACGUCGAGAUCGACGACGCGGAAGACGACGACGACGACGACGACGGCGCCGACGCGGCAGAAAAGCGCGACUGGCAGAACGAAGACACGCAGCCAGAGGACGACGUGGAGAAGUCGCCGGCGCCGAGACCUGAAGGGAACGGCGCGUCCGCGACGGACGCGCCCGAGCUCGCGCGGUCGGACACUGACGCCGACGCGGAAGAGUCGGACGAGGACGACGACGUCCCGAUCGCGAAGCUUCUGAUGAAGACGGAUCCGAGGCCGACGAGGCGGUGCGUCGUCGACGCGACCCCACGUCGCGCCGCGUCCGAGCCUCCGCCGCUGAUGUGCGAAACGUGCGGCGCCGGGCCGUUUAAGAAACAACACGGGCUGAACUUGCACAAGACGCGAUGGUGCGUGAAAGAGAAGGACGCGGACGAGACGCGGGCGCGCGAAGAAGCGCCGCCGCCGCCGCCCGUGAAGCGCGGCCGCGGGCGUCCGAAGGGCAGCAAGAACAAGAACAAAUUCCUCGGAGAGCUCGACUGA